UUCGAUUUAUUUCUGUCGGCCAAAUUGUGUUUGAUUCGGCAAUGGAUAAAAACAGUUGGAGGGCGCCUCAAGGCCAGAUGGCUCAGGGUCCUCCUCAAGGUGGUCAAGUAGGCGGCAGUGGAGAAGUAUCGGCUGUCCCAAAUCCAGCUCCGCCCGCUACUAUUGACAGCGGCGAUUGGAGGACUCAACUCCAAGCUGAUUCUCGUCAAAGAAUCGUAAAUAAGAUAUGUGCUCACAUGUGCAGAAUGGAGACUUUGAAGAGGCACCUGCCAUUCUCUGGACAAGAGGGGCUGCAAGAACUUAAGAAAAUUGCUGUGAGGUUUGAGGAAAAGAUUUAUACUGCAGCAACUAGCCAGUCAGAUUAUCUGAGAAAGAUAUCUUUGAAGAUGCUGACAAUGGAAACUAAGUCCCAAAAUCCCAUGGCUAAUCCACUACAAGCUAAUGCUGCCAAUGCAAGCAAAAAUCCUCCAGACCAAGCUGUCCAUGGCAUGCAAUCCCAAAUUCAGAACCAGCCACUUCCCAUGCCAGUGGUGAGCAGCCAAUCACAAUCCCGACAACAGCUGUUACCACAAAACAUGCAGACUAAUAUGACAUCAACGGGAGUCCAGAAUUCUGCUAUUUUGGCUUCUACACUUCCAACUGCUGGUAAUUUGCAGCAGGCUCCCAUGCCUAAUAUUGGUCAGAACUCCAAUUUGCAGAACAUGCAGAGUGUUCCCAGUGUUUCUCAGAACCCAGUAGGGAGUUCCAUGGGACAGGUGAUGCCUUCAAAUGUUUUCACUAAUUCUCAAAGACAGAUGCAGGCUGGACAACAACAGGUUGUUCCCUUGCAGCAACACCAGCAGACACAGAAUCCACAGCAUUAUCUUUAUCAACAACAGCUGCAGCAUCAGUACAUGAAACAAAAGUUACAACAAGGAGGAGGAAUGGCACAGCCCCUUAUGCAAUCUCAUAUCCAGCAGCAGCAGCAGCAAAAUCUUUUGCAACCAACUCAAAUUCAAACCUCCCAGCAAGUUGUUAUGCAGCCAUCUGUAAUGCAGUCAGCUCCUCUAUCUGGCCUCCAGCAGAAUCAACAGUCUUCUAUGCAACAAGUGACUCAACCAGUAAUUCAGCAGCAGUCUCAAGCAGUUUUGAGGCAGCAGCAACAGCAGCAGCAACAGCAGCAGCAACAACAGCAGCAACAGUCGCAACAGGCUUCCAUGUUGCAUCAGCAGCAAACCUCCAUGGCUCAACAGCCAUUACUGCCUGCAGCACAGCAGCCACAUCAACAACAGCAGCAGCUGAUUGGGCAGCAGCCUGGUGCUACAAAUAUUCAACACAACCAGCUCAUUGGCCAACAGAAUAGCAUGCCUGAUAUGCAGCAACAGCAACAAAGGCUGAUAGGCCAGCAGAACAAUAUGCAGCAGCAGCAGCAGCUAAUUGGUCAACAGAACAGCCUUUCGAGUAUGCAUCAACAACAAUUGGCCCCUCAAAGUAGCGUUUCUGGGCUCCAUCAGCAGUCAAUGCUAGGGACUCAACCUGGUAACUCUGCCCUGCCAACAAGUCAGCAUUCUGUCGUCAUGUUACAGCAAUCUAAGGUUGCGGUACAGCAACAAAUGCAGCAGAAUGCAACAGCAUUGCUACCAAGCCAAAAUCAACAGCCACAGCAACCGCAGCAACAGAUGGUAUCACAGAUUCAAGCACAACCAGGGGGCCUACAACAUAUGCAGCAGCAGUCAAAUGCGUUGCAAAGAGAUAUGCAGCAAAAUAUUCAACCUACAGGUUCUUUGCUUCAACAGCAGAAUGUUGUAGAACAGCAGAAGCAGUUAUUUCAGCCACAAAGAGCCCAUCCUGAGGCAUCAUCAACUUCGUUAGAUUCAACAGCUCAGACGGGGAAUGCAAGUGGUGGAGAUUGGCAGGAGGAGGUUUAUCAAAAGAUUAAAUCCAUGAAGGACAUGUAUUUCCUGGAAUUAAAUGACAUGUACAUGAAAAUUGCUGGAAAGCUGCAACAGCAUGAUUCUCUUCCUCAACAACCAAGAAAUGAGCAGCUUGAAAAGCUCAAAUUCUUUAAGCUCAUGCUGGAACGCCUAAUAGGAUUCUUGCGAUGUACCAAGAAUGACAUUCAGAUCAGUCACAAGGAGAAGUUGGCUUCCAUUGAAAAACAGAUAAUCAAUAUUCUUACUACAAAUCGGCCCCGGAGGCCCGUUUCUUUGCAACAAGUGCAACUUGCCCAACAGCAAAUGUCCAACAUGCAGCACUCUCAGCCUCAGACUCAAAUUCCUCAAAUACAGCCCCAGGAAAAUCAAAUGAACCAACAGAUGCAGCCAAUGAAUGUACAGAGUUCCAUAACACCAAUGCAGCCAAGUAGCUUGACCAGCCUGCAGCAGAACACAUUGUCCUCUGUGCCAUCAGUUUCGAAUUUGCAACAGAAUAUGAUGAGUACCCUACAGCCUGCUUCGACUUUGGACCCAGGACAAAGUAAUACUCACCCGUUGCAGCAGGUAGCUAUAAGCUCUUUACAGCAGAAUACUGCCAGUGGUCCUCAAACAAUGAACAUAAAUUCUUUAUCAUCGCAAAGUGGCAUGACUGCGCUGCAAUCAAACCUCAAUAAUGCUCUACAGCCUAAUUCGACUAUGAUUCAGAACCAGCAGCUUAAAAAACAGGAGCAGCAAAUGUUGCAAACCCAGCAAUUGAAACAACAAUUGCAUCCCCGUCAGAUGCAGCAGCAGCUUUUGCAAAGACAACAGCUAAUGCAACAACAACAGCAGCAGCAACAGCACCAACAAAUGAAGCCACAGCAGCAGCCUUCACAGCUGCCCGGACACCAAAUGUCACCACUACAUCAGGUAACUGAUUCAAGUGACUUGAAGGUGAGACCGCAGAUAAGUGUUAAAUCAAGUGUUUUCCAGCAAUUCCAUACCAACAGCCAGCGAGCAGCGUAUCAUCACCAACAGUUGAAGUCGGGAAGCCCAUUUCCUAUUUCUUCACCGCAAGUCCUUCAGGCAGCAUCGCCUCAGGUUCCCCCGCAUGGUUCGCCUCAAAUUGAUCAGCAGAGUAUGCUGACAUCUAUAGCAAAGACUGGAACUCCAUUGCAGACUGCAAAUUCACCCUUUGUGGUCCCAUCUCCUUCGACUCCCUUGGCUCCGUCACCUAUGCCUGGCGAGUCAGAAAAACUAAAUUCUGGCAUUUCAUCCCUCUCAAAUGCUGGAAAUAUUGGACCCUCACAUGCAAUUACUGUGUCUGCAGCAGCCCAAUCACUAGCAAUUGGCACUCCUGGGAUAUCAGCUUCGCCAUUGCUUGCAGAAUUUACGAGUUUGGAUGGAGCUCAUGUCAGCACAUCAACUGCAAUGCCAUGCAAGCCACAUACUGUCGAGAAGCCGCAUGAACGGUUGAUUAAAGCGGUAAAAUCAAUUUCAAAUAAAGCAUUGGUUGCCUCCAUUGAUGAUAUAAGCUCAGUUGUCAGUAUGGUUGAUAGGAUAGCUGGAUCUGCACCAGGCAAUGGAUCAAGAGCUGCUGUUGGUGAGGAUUUGGUCGCAAUGACAAAAUGUCGCUUGCAAGCAAGAAACUUUUUCACACAAGAUGGACCUACUGGAACAAAGAAAAUGAGGCGCUCUACGAGUGCAAUGCCUUCCAAUGUUGUUUCACCUGUUGGUAGUGUGAAUGACAGUAUGAGGCAGUUAAACGGUUCUGAUGCCUUUGAAUUGGAAUCCACAGCUACAUCAAGUAUCAAAAGGGCAAGGAAUGAGGCCAACCAUGCCCUUGUGGAAGAGAUACAUGAGAUAAAUCGACACCUCAUAGAUACUGUGGUUGAUAUCAGCGAUGAAGAUGUUGAUCCAAUUGCAGUAGCUGCAGCUGAUGGUGGUGAAGGGACCAUUGUCAAGUGCUCUUUCAGUGCUGUAGCUCUUAGCCCAAACCUGAAAUCACAGUAUGCUUCAGCACGGAUGUCACCAAUUCAGCCUCUGCGAUUGCUCAUUCCAACUAAUUAUCCUGAUUCCUCUCCUAUACUCUUGGACAAGUAUCCUGUUGAAGUUAGCAUCAAUUGGAUCUCUUCACUGAGAUUGUAUCAAAUAAAUCUUAUGUGCAGUAAAGAGUAUGAAGAUCUUUCUAUUAAAGCCAGGUCCAAGUUCAGUAUAUCACUGAGAAGUCUUUCACAGCCUAUGUCACUUUCGGAGAUGGCAAGGACGUGGGACAUUUGUGCUCGUGCAGUUAUUUCAGAAUUUGCACAACAAAGUGGUGGAGGAACUUUCAGCUCAAAAUAUGGGACUUGGGAGAACUGUGUGAGUGCAGUUUAGUGAUCAGCGGUAUUUCAAGUGGAACUACAGGAAUUAGAAUGAUAAUGAUUUGGACAAUCGUACUUUCAGCUGUUUCUUUUCAAUGAAGUUUGCAUUGAUCAUGAUUGUUUAUAGCUUCUCAAUGAAGGUUGUAGAACCCAAUGGCAGUAGAGAUACAAAACCAUCUAGUAUACAAUUGGGAAGGUAAAACUUUGUACUGCAUGUGAGUAUUCUGAGUGUCAGUUGAGUAAUUAUUCUAAAUAGUGCUAAAUGCUGAAUUUAUUGCGAAGUGUGUCACAAUUUCAUUGUUUUGUACUGGUUUCUGAAAACAAAUUUCUUGGUUGUGUGGCAAUGGUUAAGAUAAAUGAAUGUAGUAUUUAUUUAUUUA